AUGGUAAACUACUAUGAAGUCUUAGGAAUUGAUGCCAAUUCGACGGAGGAGGACAUUCGUAAAGCUUAUAGGCGCCAAGCUUUGAUAUGGCAUCCUGAUAAGAAUGUCCAAAAUCGGGAAGAAGCUGAAGCCAAAUUUAAAUUGAUUGCGGAGGCUUAUGAAGUAUUAAGCGACGUUGAGAAAAGGAGAAUAUACGACCAGUACGGCGAAGAAGGCCUUAAAAACGGUGGCCCCACUUUUGAACAACGUCCUUUCCAAUUUCACGAUCCUCAAGAAAUAUUUCGUCAAUUCUUCUCUGCGUUUGGUGGUGACCCAUUCGGCGGUAAUAUGUUUAAUCAUGUUAAUCAUGAUUUCCCCUCCCACUUUUCGUCAACAUCGAGCUUCAGUAGCGGUCCGCAGUUUCGAUCAGUUCAUCCAUUUGAUCCAUUUGGUGGAUUUGGUGGAUUUGGAGGUUUUCCAUCUUCUUCAUUUUCAAUCUCAACCAAUUCAUUUUCUAGCGGAUCUGGUAGCGGCGGGUUCAUUAAUAAAUCUACCUCUACACAAAUAAUCAAUGGGGUUAGAACAACUGUUACAAGAACUGAGGACGCGGAGGGCAAUGUUACUGAAGUCACAGAAUCAUCUGACGGCACUAGUAGUCAAGUGACGUACAAUAAUAGAGUUCAAAAUAAUAGUUCGAGGUCUAUAAACUUACCGAUUCAGGAUGGAGGUCUAUCCUACCCUAUGUUAAGUCAACAACAAUAUCUGCAGCAGCAAGAACCAUAUACGCAACGGCAUCAACAAUACAGUCGAACAUCUUCAGGCCAAAACUCGGUGAAUAUUGGUCACAGAGAUGACCAUGCUCAGGACCAGCAUAAAUCUCAUGGAAGAUUUAAUAAUAUCUUUCGUAAAAAAUAG